AUGAAUGCAAAGUUAAAGGAAGUUCAAAAGCAAGUUACUGGCAUGAUCGAUUUGAAUCCAAAGUUACUUGAGAGUGAUGGUGCAUUACACAUUUAUAGGGUUGAAGAUGAAAUUCGUUUGGAAGAUUUCACUAAGCCUGUGACACAUUCUGUGGAUUUCAGUACGGUAGAUGCAACUGCAAAGUGUUCUUGUGGAUUAUUUGAGAUGAGGGGAAUAUUGUGUCGACACAUUUACGCUAUUUUUAGAUCUAACGAGAUAAAUUUUUUGCCAGAUAAAUACAUUUUAGAUCGAUGGAGAAAGGAUAUUAAAAGACGAUACACAUUAAUCCAUAGUAGCUAUGAUGCAAGGGAACAGCGGGCAGAUUCUAAUAGAUAUUCAAAAUUAUUGAAUAUUUGUUACCAAAUGAUUACUCGUGCAGCGGGUACUAAAGUGCAUACUGAGGAUGCAAAAAGUAAGUUAUAUGCAAUGAUUGAGUUGUAUGAUGCCAACCAAGAACCCCCAUCGAUGACCAAAACGGGUUCCAAUGCAUGUAGUACAGCAAAGGACACAAAUACAGGAAGUGGUUCUGGUCAAGUAUGCAGUCCACAUAUUGUGCGAAGGAAAGGCAGACCCCUCUCUUUGCGGAGAGCAUCAAGGAUGGAGAUAGACAUACGAAAAACUAAGGCGAAGACGAAGAAAACACCAUCAAAAGGGAAACGUAAAGAGAGAGAUGGAGGAGAUACACAAGCCAUGGACACUUGCAGAAAUUUAUUUGGAAAUACUCAGAUGGAUAUGCCCAAUGUUGAAAUUACUAGAUCCCAACUCCGAGAAACAGUGAUUCAGAGUCAAGAAAGUAUACAGUCUGGGUUAGAUAGAUCACAACCGUUGAAGUAUGGGAUGGAUGGAAAUGACAUGGAUGGAUCACAAGGCAGGGAAUGA